GUUAAAAGCCCUUAUGACUGUAGGGAACACAAUUUUUACAUAGUUAAUGUUGGAGGUAUUGGUCCUACCAAGGCCUCCCUUCCAUUUUAUUAUUGACUUGCACCCAUGUUUACUCCCACUUUGAUACCUUCUUUUGAAUCUCUCCUAACCAAUUAUAUGGCCAUUUUGACUUAUGUGGAGUGACCCCAAAUGAGUUGUCCGCUGCCUCCUCCUUUGUCUUUGUUUCACCCGUGAGUGUCCUUUAGUGUUGGCCAGUCUAUUAUUUAGCAGCUCUCUUCUUCCUUGUGAGCUUGUCCUGCGUGAGAGAAAAUCCAGAGAGCAGACCCCUUCUCCUUUCCUUUGUGUGUAAGUUGAGAGAGGCACCUUAGUGGUGGAGAUAAAACAUGGUGUUGUGUUAUGGUCUAGCCUAGGGUGGUGUAUGUGAGCCUAUUGGGGAGGUUGUAGACCUGAGCCGGAAAGAAAUCGACACCCAACAGUGGUAUCAGAGCUUGUGUUGUCGUUGCCAUAGAUUUUGCCGGUUUCCGCCACCUGGAAAGUCUCCGCCGCCGUCCGCCGCCGUGCUCCGCCGUACGCCGGCCGCCGCCGUUUCGAGGUCUAGAGGACUGUUACUCGUGGCUGGAGGUCCGCUCGCCACUGAGAAGCCUCGCUGGUGCUUUAGCCAACCAAAUCCGUCCGUCCGUCAUUUGUUGAAUUCGGAGCUCGUGGGUGAAGGUCGCCGCCGGAGCCGCCGUCCUCCGUCGCAACUGGUUGCCAUCGCAGAGAGCUCAUAGAAAUCCGAGUGUAGCUAGGUUGUUGAGCUCCUUCGUCGUUGGAGCCUCCGUCCACCUAGAUUUCGUAUCCGGAAAAGAUCGAGGCCUGGAUUUUGGAUUUGAAGACCGUCGUCUGCGAGCUAAGGACUGUAAUUGCGCAGAAGCUGGAGCGGAGGGUUUGAAAAGGAGGCAUUCACACGUGGAGUUAGUGGACUUUGGGCUGCUCAUUUGUUGGGCUGCUCAUUUGUUGCGUAGAAAGGUUGGAAAAUAACAAGGGAAGGAAGGAGUUGUCUGCUCAACUUGGCCUGGACUUGGAGCAGAGGAGUUUCGGUCAACUGCUCAGUCAAACAUGGUCAACGGAUAGUCAACAGGCAGUCCACUCCAGUCAAACCUUCCUAAAAAAAAUCCCAAUUUUUAAAAUUGGGUGGGUAAGGUCGAAACGCCUCUCCUAGGGUUUCGCUCCGGUAUUUUGACUUUUAUCCCUUUUAUCGCUUUUGUAGUGAUUUUUUAAUCUUUUAUUGUGUAGAAAUUAUGUUUUAGGUUUAUUACUGUUUUUAAAUUGAUUGAAUUGUUGUAUUGUGUUUGUGCUGAAAAUUUAUUAUUUAUUUGUGCUUAUACGGAAGAACAAGGGGUUUGAACUUGAGUUUGGUGCUCAUUAAUACUCCCCACGUAUUCGUGCUAGUUGCUCCGUAUAGUUGUAGCCUUAUAAAUAUUUAAAUUGUUUUUCAGCGAAAUUUACAUUUUAUUUUGUUGCUUGUUUUUCUAUGUGAAAAUGUCUGCUUAUAAUCAGUAUGGUAUGGCUCCAUUUAAUGGAAAAUCUGAUUUUAGCAUUUGGAAGCAAAAAAUUAAAUGUAUUUUAAUACAACAAAAAUGUUUUAAAGCAGUUGGCGAAACCUAUUUAAUUUCUGACACAGAAGAGAAAAGGGCUGAAAUGAAUGAAAAUGCAUGUUCUGUGAUUUAUUUGAACUUAUCUGACUCUGUGAUUAGAAAAGUUGGAAUUUUAGAGAGUGCUAAAAUUUUGUGGGAUAAAUUGAAUGAACUGUAUACUGAGACCUCUUUGCCUAACCGGAUAUUUUUACUUGAGAAAUUCUUCAAAUUUAGACUAGAUAUGUCUAUAGAUAUUGAAGAAAAUCUAGAUGUUUUUACCAAACUUAUUUCGGAUAUUAAGUUGUGUGGUGAUAAGCAUAUAGAUGAUUAUUCCCCUAUUGCUCUUUUAAAUGCUAUUCCUGAUUCCUUUGGUGAUGUGAAAUCUGCUAUUAAGUAUGGUAGAGAUAAUGUGACUCUUGACAUUGUGGUUAAUGGUCUUAAGAGUAAGGAAUUAGAUUUAAAACAGAUGGGUGAGGGUAGAAAAUCCGAGGAAGUUAUGCAUGUGAGGGGUAGAGAAAAUAAUAGUAGACGACAUAGAUCUAAGUCUAGGUCUAAUUCGAGGCGUUGCUAUUAUUGUCACGAAUCUGGUCAUUUCAUAAGAGACUGUCCUAAAUCUAGGGAAAAUGAGCAUAGUGAGCAUGCUAAUUUGACUACGUUUGAAGAUGAUUUAGGUGAUGUUUUUAUGAUGAAAAAUCUAUGUGAUUAUGACUAUUUGAGUUCUGUGAUAUCUGAUUCUUUGGGUAAAUCAGAUUGGGUGGUAGAUUCUGGUUGUACUUUUCAUAUGUCCCCUUUGAAAAAUGUUUUUUCAAACUAUAGAGAGAUUGAGCAUGGCUUUGUGUCUUUAGCAAAUGAGAAGAAAUGCAAUGUGCUAGGAAUAGGAGAUGUAUGCCUUAGGUUUUCUUCUGGUUAUGUGCUUACUUUGAAGAAUGUUAGGCAUGUUCCUGCGCUGUGCUGUAAUUUGCUAUCUUGUGCUUCUCUUGAAAAUGAGGGUUUGAAGGGAAAAUGGGGAAAGGGAAUCAUGAAAGUUGUGAAGGGUUGCUUAGUUGUUUUCAAAGCUGAGAUGAAAAACAACUUGUAUGUUUGUCAUGCUGAACCCCUACUUGAUUCUGUGAAUUGUGUGCAACCCUGUGUGCUAGGAAAACAAUCUAGAGUUGGUUUUCCUGAUCUGCCUAAGUGUACUAAUGUGCUUGAUUGUAUUCAUGCUGACUUGUGGGGUCCUUAUAGUGUUUCCACUCAUGGUGGGAAAAAUUAUUUUCUGACGUUGAUUGAUGAUUUUUCAAAGAAAGUGUGGGUUUUGUUGAUUGAAAAUAAAUCUGAAGUUUUUGAUAAGUUUAAAAACUGGAAAACCCUUGUUGAAAAACAAACCGGUAAGAAAAUAAAUUUUUUAAGGACCACUGUCAGUUUUGAUUUCUAUGAUGAUCAGCUUGGUGAUUUAUGUGAUACUUGGGGUAUUUCUAUGCAUAAAUCUGUUCCCUCCACACCCCAACCGGAUGGGGUUGCUGAGAGGAUGGUUAGAACUUUAUUAGAGAGGGUGAGGGCUAUGUUAGCUUCAUCUGGGCUCUCUAAUAAGUUCUGGGGGGAAGCUAUUUGUUAUGCUGUUGAUUUGGUUAAUCUGUCCCCGUCUGUUCCCUUAGGAGGGAAAUGCCCUGAAUCUGUGUUCAUGGGCAAACCACUUGACUUGCCAAAUUUGAGAGUGUUUGGUUGUGCUGCUUAUGUGAAUCGUCUGAAUGUUAAAUCUGAACCUAGGACUAAGGAAUAUGUUUUCUUAGGAUAUCAUGAUUGCAUGAAAGGUUAUAGGCUUUGGUGUAGGAGUGAAACUUGCUUCAAUGUGUUGAUGAGUAGAAAUGUCAUUUUUGUUGAAAAUGAAUUUCCUUGCCUGCUUGUUUCUCCUGAUGUUGCUCCAAAUGAGGUGGAGCAUUUGCCUGUUGAAGUUCAUUCCGAUUUACUUGUUGAAACCAAACUCAAAUUUGUGGAUGAAAAUGUUUUUCAUGGUGAAAAUAGAGAAAAUAAUAUUUCUAUUAAGGUGGAGCAUGAUGUGAAUGUUGUGUGCAAUAUGCUUGAGUUGCGUGAUUGCCAUGUUAUUAGAGAUAGAGACAUUAGGAAGCAUGUGAGAAGUUAUAUGUGCAAUGUGUUUGACUAUAUUUCCUCUGAGUUUGCUUUAAAUGUGCUUAAUUCUCUUUUAAUUAAAAUCUUUGUGAUAUUUGGUAUGCUAUUUUCUUUGUGUUUUGAAAAUGUGAUACCAAGUGAUUAUGUGAGCUCUACCUGUGCUAGUUAUAGAAAUAAUAUUGUUUCUUUUAUUUUCUUUGUGCUUGUUAUGUGUGGUUGUUGGAUUAGUUGGAAUCCCCAACUUCUCUCGGAUGCUUGCUUGCGUGGUCUAUUAACAUAUGUUGUGCUUGUUAAUAGUUUUGUGAUGGUUUUGGUUCUGAACUCGAGGACCGAUUGGUAGAGUUCAGUCCAUCGUGAAGUGGAUUUGCAUGGUAAGCUUGGUCCGAAAGGGAACUUUGGUUCUCAUCUAUUACUUGUAUGAUCGCAAUGAUGUACUUGUAAUAAUCCGGCGAUGAUGAGUCUCACAACUUUGUAUUGCUACUCUACACCACCUAGGACCAAUAAGGUGGAGAAUGUUGGAGGUAUUGGUCCUACCAAGGCCUCCCUUCCAUUUUAUUAUUGACUUGCACCCAUGUUUACUCCCACUUUGAUACCUUCUUUUGAAUCUCUCCUAACCAAUUAUAUGGCCAUUUUGACUUAUGUGGAGUGACCCCAAAUGAGUUGUCCGCUGCCUCCUCCUUUGUCUUUGUUUCACCCGUGAGUGUCCUUUAGUGUUGGCCAGUCUAUUAUUUAGCAGCUCUCUUCUUCCUUGUGAGCUUGUCCUGCGUGAGAGAAAAUCCAGAGCAGACCCCUUCUCCUUUCCUUUGUGUGUAAGUUGAGAGAGGCACCUUAGUGGUGGAGAUAAAACAUGGUGUUGUGUUAUGGUCUAGCCUAGGGUGGUGUAUGUGAGCCUAUUGGGGAGGUUGUAGACCUGAGCCGGAAAGAAAUCGACACCCAACAGUUAAUAAAUGGGAAGACUAUUUUGAACCCUAAGUUAUCACAAGAUAUGAGGACUUCCCGCUAAGUUCGACAAUUGUAAUCUGAUCAUAUCUUGCUCCCCUCUUAUGUACACUUAAACACUAUUAUUAGAUUAACACAAAUACGGUAUACCAUCAUCCUCGAGCUCUACAAUGCAAAAUAUUUUCAGAUUGAUAUCCUUAUCUCGAAGACAAUAGCCACACGUUUUAACCAUCAUAUAUCUGAAAUGAUGUUAAUUAAUACAUACUAACCUCAGUAACCUGUAUUGUAAGAGCAAGUUGUUCCAUUAAAUAUCUUUAAUAAAGAUAUGUUGCAAUUCACUUUAGAUUAUGUAUACUCUAAAAUAUGAGUUAGUAAUCCUUAUGCUAAGAUAACGAUUGUGUAAUUUCAGAUACGUUUGGAUUUGAAAUAAUCAUAUCUUGGUCAAAAUAAAGUGAAUUGCUCCCUUUAUAACCGUACCGUUAUAGUGUCGUACACUAUAUAUAAUAUGUUUAACUUGGGCUGAAGAUAAGUUGUACAUUAAAUAUUGUGUAAUUUGCUAAACGGUACGGUAAGGAUUACAAUAUGAGUGCUCUACUGAAAUCACCUAUAUUACUUUUGAACACUUACAAAUGGCUUAAAUCAUCCAGAUAUGACACUCAAAAGUGGAUAUUUAAAUGCUCGGGAUGGUAGAGAAAACGGUAUUUAAAGAGUCCGGGAGUUCAGAAGUAUUUCGUCCAUAUUUCAAACCGUGGUAUCAUUGCUAUAAGAUCUGUCUCUUAUAACUGUAUACAAAUUUAUAUUAGUGUGAACAGAUCACUGCUCAAUACGGUAUGAGCAGUGAUAACCUAAUGUUAUAAGACAAUUUAAUGACCUAAAUUAAUAUACGAGAUAUUACCCGAAAUAGGACUAAAAAGGUUUGAAAAUUCUAAAAUAGGACUGUCAUGUUUUUAUUCCAAAAAUAGGACUAAUUACUGUCAUGUUUUGGCAGUACCAGAUUUCAAACAUGGCAGUAUUUUCCAAACUUGACAGUAAUUACUCCUAUUUUGGGAAUAAAAACAUGGCAGUCCUAUUUUGGAAUUUUCAAACUGUUUUAGUCCUAUUUCGGGAACUUUCCCUUAAUAUACUGAUUUAAAAGUAUAUGAACAAUCAUACUAAGUACUUUAACAUAUAUCUAUACAUCAUAUCGAAAUGUAUAGAUAUGAUAUUAGUGGAGAAAUAGUCAAGGAUGUUGGUAAAGAUCACUUUGAAAUUGAUAUAAGUUAUAACGUUUGGGUAUAUAUCAUAGGAUAUCUUAGAUUUCCUAAUAUAGAUAUUUUACAUCAAAGUAUUUACGUUUAAAUACUUUGAAGUAAAAGGUAAUCAUGUUACUUGUUGAGUGUAUUAACAAGCUCACUCUAAACGUGGAAAGCAUUGCUAUUUCAUACAAACUUAUCUUCAGGCGCCGUUUUAAGAUGCUGUAUGCUAUUACAGACUAUGAAUGACUAUUGAUUCAAUGGACAAAAUAUGGUGUUCUUCAAUGGGAUAAGAUAGUUCGUUAUGACCAUGCUUGAUAGAGAUAGAAACCGUGCUCAAAAAUACGUUUUUGAUAUAUCAUAAUGUGAACUCAAAGUGGUUAAACUUAAUUUAUCUUCGGGCGAUAGGAACUUUUUACUAAAUGUAUAAGGGAUGAUCGUCCGACAAUCAUAUAGUAAAAUUUAGGCGAUUUAAGAGAUAAAGCCUUACGUAUUGAGUGCCGUUCAUCAACGUGUUAUAUUGACAAAUUUGAUUAGGGUAAAUAUGGUGUCUCAUAACAUAUUAUCGAGAAUACGUACGUUAAAGAUUACACAUAUAUGCCUAAACUAUAUUUAUAUCAUCGUGGGUAAUUACGCAUUUAUGAUGUCCAUUAUAGUUUAUUUUCCUUUGGAACAAUCUUACACGAUGGGCUCUUGCCGGGAAAAUUAUUCGACUCCCCCAUUAGAUAGCCAUUAUGUUUGUCACACUUUAAUCGUAGAGUAGAUCUAUCCAUAUGAGCGUAAUUCCCAUAAACUAUUAUUUAACACCAUCGAUAUUGCCCGUUCAACAGUAUUUACGCUGUGAUCGGUUUUAACAUACAACCCUAAAUCAUUAUACUCACUCCCUUUUAUGGUAUUACAGAGGAUAGAUCUAAUCCUCUGUAAUAUCAUAUUGGCAAUUCCUAAUAGUCAGUAUUAUUUCUAGCAGUGAGAAUAGUAUAGGAAUAUCACGUUUUAUCGAUCGUACUAAUAUUAGUCCGUCUAAAUAGGGUGUUUUACCAAAAUACGGGAAUUCUUAACAUCCGCGUCUAAAUAGGGUGUUUUACCAAAAUACGGGAAUUCUUAACAUCCGUUGCCAAAUUACGGGGAAAAUCCGUUGCCAAAUUACGGGAAAAAUUUAGGGUUUUCAAAAAAAGCAAAGGUCGGAAUUGGCUCUUCCGACCAGAGAUACGGUUUUGAAAAAUAGGGUGUGCUUAGUGUCGGAUUUGGCUCUUCCGACUAGGGGUUUAUUUAUUUUAUUUUUCCAUCCGAAUUGCUUUAAAUGAUGAAGUGCUUUAAAUUGAAAAAUUCCGAAUUGGCAUGUCGUUUGGAUGGUUUUUUUUAUUAUAUAAAGUUAGUUUUUUUAAAAUUGAAGUAAUACGUAUCGUGCAAUUUUUAAAAUGAAAAAUAUACAUUUUGAUUUUUUGAAUAACAAAACAUUGAUUACUUUAUACUACCUCUGUAACAAAAAAAUCUCCCUACUUUCCUUUUUCGUCCGUAAGAAAAAAAUCUUCUCAUUUCUAAAUCUUCCCACCAUACCCUCAAUAAUUCUAAAAAUAAUACACUAUUACAACUACUUUUUUUGGAUUUCUCCUACAUUCCAUCACAUUAUUCCAUUAUCUUCCCAUCAUACCCUCAAUAAUUCAUAUCAUCUUUCAUUAUUCUUAAUCCACCUACUCUUGAAAUGAGAAGGUUUUUAAGUUAUGAAGGGAGUAUAUUUUUUAAUUCAUUCGUAUUGCUAACACUACAAGAAAAAGGGGUAUUAGCGAAGGGAAAAAUGGUCACAAAAACACAAUAAACAGUCGCUAAUGGUUAUUUGCGACCACAAAAUGUGGUCGUGUGUCCGUCGCUAUUGGCUUGGCCGCAAAAGGUCUUUUGCGACCAAAAAAAGAAGUUGGUCGCUAAAACAAUUUGAGACCACACAUAAUGUGGUCGCUAAUGAUAUUAUUAAGGACCACAUUUUAUGACUAGUUGCAACCAUUAUCCCUUCGCUAAAGUAACAUUAUAAAUAUAUCAAUAUUUAUAAAUUUAUAAAUUAGUGAAAAUUGACACCAAUUCAUUGAAGAAUUUGCAAUUAUUUUUUCUUCCAGGUAGAAUGAUACGUGACUAACAUAAAUAACAUAAUACUAACACAAUAAUGUACUAAUGACAUCUGCAAAAUUGAUUAUCCAAACAUAGAAUUAUGUAAUUACAAACAUUCACUUCCGGUUCAAAACAAAGUAAACAUUAAAACUAUUUAAUUUAACUGUCAUGCAUCAUAUAAAUUGCUAAGCUACAAAAUAUAUCUAAAAAGGUAUAGGCCAGUAUUUCAAGUUGAAACAUAAGUCUAGAUUCUGAGACUUGAUCUUUGUAUCAUUGACUUUGAAGCAUCCCUUUAAUCUUUUGGACAUCAUCUUCUAAUGCAUUUAGAUGACUUAUCAAGUAUUGAUUUUCUUCUUCCGCCACAUAUAUACAACUUGGCAUCCCGCUUUUCAUAAGACGAUCCCUUUAAAUAUUUGCAACUCAUCCUACCUGCAAAACCAACAUCACUACAUUAUUAUUGUCUAAAAUACUUCUUAAUUACAUCAACAUGUGGUAAUACUGGAUCUGAUUGAACUACCUUCAUGUAUUUCCUCCUAAAUGAAUUUAUUAUGUGUUAAAUAAAAUAGCUAAGGAUGUUUUUACUUGGACUGUAAUUUGUCCCAGACCAGACCAGUUCAGUUCAGACCAGACCAGUUCAGACUAGACCAGACCAGACCAGACUUGGAUAGUUAUAAAAAUACAAAGAAACCAGACCAGAUCAGACCAGACCAGACCAGCAAAUUACAGUCCAAGUAAAAACAUCCUAAGAGGUAACUAACAAGAAAAACAAGACAUUAAAACCGUGUACUCACAUGUUUCUGAAUUGCUUCCGGUUCCUUGACAUGAUCCAAUAUUUUCGUGCGAGUUUCACACGAAGUAGCAGCCACAUCUACAAAAUAUCAUCUAAAACUUCAAAUACUUCAGUAGUGAAGGACAGAGUUUUAUAGAUAGAGGUAGCCUAACAAAUCAAAAUAUUAUAAACUCAGAUCAUACAUACACAAUACACAUACAUACACUGGACAGUUAUUACAAAUAAUAUCAUUCACACAUACUCCUAUACCACUCAUCAUUUCUCAGUUAUUGAAAAAGCCAAGAGCCUUAUAACCUUCAUACCUAUUGAAUCCAACAAUCUAUGAAGACACUAUGUGCAAGAUUUCUGCAAAUAUCAUCACUAUUAUCAUCAUUCACCUCUAACCUUUACGCAUCAUUCCUUACAUUUUCAAAGAAAGAAAAUGCAAAAUUUAGAAUCUUAUACAUCAAUUACAUAACACUAAAAAUAUAUUGGAAAUUAAUACAUAUUAUUAUAUAAAAACCAUUCGUCCCACAAAAGAAUUCUGCUUUGCAAGUAGCAUAUAUAUAUAUUGAAACUAACUACAAACUACGUUGUUUAAAAAGUAUGAGUAAAGAACUGUUUCAUAUUAUUGAAAGACUGUAAGGCCUCUCCACUUUAUUUUAUUGUUCAAUAUGUUGUAAGAGGAUACUAAAUAUAGUAUAUAGACAGGGAUACCUCCCUUAUUAGCCCCCACUUUCAAACUCUUCCAAAUUUUUCUUUAUUCAAGGCUCUGUUAACUUCCAAAUCAAGAGCACAUAGAUAAGUUAAGCUCAAUUCACACAUAUGUGCAUUAUCUUUAACUAGAUUUCAACUCAAAUGUAAUAAAAAAAAUCAACCAAUCGAAGCAUAAAUGAAACAAAUACAAAAACAUAUGUGUACCUGUUUUGGGGGACUGGUGACUAAUUUGUGGCACACCGGACAUACCAAAUUCUACAGCAGAUGACAGAAUUGUCUGCAAUUGAGGCCUUACAAUGUCUAUCUCUACAUGAUGCUUUUGUAAAUUAAAAUAAGCAAAAAGAAGGGAAAAUAUAAAGAGGAUGAGGUUACCAGAAGCCUUUCAAUGCCAAGUGCCAAAAUGAGUGACCAAUAGUGACUGCAUUGAUAAAAAAAAGUGUAUACUUUGUUCAUCAAAGUAAAUUAAAACAUAUAAAGUAUGAACAUUAGGUGUAUUUACAUGUCAGUAACUUUUAACCACAAUACCAAGACAUUGAAAAGUAUAAACUACAAGUUUCAGAAUCCUAAAUACAUAUUUUCACUACAAAAAGUAAACUUAAUGAUAAGCUACUUUGGAUGACAAAAUAAUACUCCUCGACCAGAAUUUUAAUCCAUCUCGAUAAACAUACUUUAAGAGAUCAUUAAAUUGCUUUUAUUCUAACCUACUUUGUACUCUUUUUCAAUGUAUAUUAAUGUACUAGUUUUACAUUAUACAUUGUACUUACCCCUAACUUACUAAUUUUGCAGUGUAUAUUAAUGUACUAGUUUAAGUCACUUGAAUUACUAACUUGGCAGCCCUAGAACAUCUGGACAGACUCUACGUUACCACAAAAAUAAAAAACCACACCAACACCUUCUAAAAUAGAUUGUUAAUCAGUAAAAAAACGAUGCAUUAAAAUUGUCAACAAUUAGCUUUAUCAACCCAAUGUUCUGAAUGAGAAUAUAAAUUCAAUGAAAGUUUUCAUCUGCAUCCUUUCAGCACUCAUCCUGAAACUUAUCAAUCCAGUGUGAGUAAGAGAUUUUUAUAUCAACCAUCCCCAACUCAAAAGUCAAACAAUGCCAAUGGGUUUUAGGUAUUGGUUCUAUUUUAUAUUUUCAACUCAUUUGAAAAUUUGAAACAUGAUUUCAGCAAACCCCUUUUAGCCAAAUUUGACUUUCUAUCACACAAGCUCCAAAGAUUGUCUAAUUUACUUCUAAUCAUCCUCUAGUUCUUCAUUUUUCUAUUGCAGGCAACUAUUAUUAUUAUUAUUCAAGUUUAAGAAACACAAAAGCAUUAAUGUUACAAAUACAUAUAUACAAAUAGAGACACACAAUACUCUCCAACAAAUAAUUGGAGACUACAUUGUAAGCAAAUCUACACAAAUCAACCGUAAUUCAAAACCCACGUGCUCUCUAAUCAAUAUACAUAAGGUAAAUUCGGUGUAGAUUCAAUAAAAUUUACCUCAUUUGGACUGUUAAAAUAAAAAUCCAAUACUAAAAGAUACUUCAUAGAAAGUAAAAUUAGUGAGGAAAAAAAUGAAAGCAUACUUGAUUUUGCAAGAAAUCGAAACAAAUUUGGAUGUUGAUAAAAAGUUUAGAAGAAACAUACACAUGGAGUUAGAGGAGCGAGAGAUUCUGCCGGAGAAGAUUACCGUGGUAGUAGCGUGUCGCUUGCGAGAUGUCUUUGUGAUGAGAAGACUAUAGAUUUGGGCGCGAGGAGGAGACUACAGAUCGGGGGAUUGAGUUGAUCGAUUCGCAGAGUAACUCUGUCGAGGCAGCUUGUUCUAUCAAGCGUGAGAUGUGACAAGAUUAUAUGAGAAGGAUUUAUGCGGAAAAGUUGAUCAGGAAUGUGGGUAGGGCUAAAGCGCUAGGAGGAGUACUGCCAUGGAGUCCAAGGGUUUUUCUAUUCUUAAUAACAGCUAAAUAAUGAUAGGAAAAUUGUUUACCUGGAUUUGGAUUCUUCGUCGCGGCAUGCGUCUCUGCGAAGGAGUUUUCUCUAGAGCUAUCGAUGGUGAGUCUGCGUCUCUGAGAAGGUUUCUCCAGAGAGCAAUCGUCUGUGGAAGGGUUUCUCUCCAGCGGUCCAGCCGUCCAGGGUUCCAAGGUUUCUUCCAAUUUUUAAUUAAAGGAAAAAAAGCAAAAGUAACACUAAAAAACCGGGCCCUAUUUUUUGGGUUCAUGAAUCACGCCACCCGCCAAAAGAAAUUUAUUUAGCGACGGGAUGUUAUGCAAAUAGCGACGAGAUAUUUUAAUGGUCCCGGAAAAACUAAUACAUAAGCGACCGUAUAAAAUGUGGUCGUUAUCGGUAAUGUAUUGCGACCAAAUUCAAGGUCAGUCGCAAAUUCUUGGUCGCAAAAACUCAAAUUUCUUGUAGUGUAAUUAAAUUCAAAAAAUGAAGUACAAAUUUCAUUUGUUUAAUGGAAGUGAACAAAACAAAUGUAGUUUUUAAUUUAAUUUAUUAAUAAAUAGAUAUUGCUUGCUCGGCCCUGGCAUGUCACCUCCGCCAGUGUUCCAAAACCUCGGUGUGGCCAUAUUAAACUGCACAAAUUAAUAGAAUAAUUUGUUUAUUUUUAUAUAUGAAACAUUGAUUUCGUAUGAAAGAUAAAAAUAAAUUAUGAAUUUGGUAUAGUUUUUGUAAUAAUCAGAAUACAAUCACAAAAGAUAUAACGCUUUAAAAAGAAGAUAAUUUUUAAAGUCUUAAUUUUUUUUUGAUUUUUAUAUAUUCAAUAUUGGUGUCAUAUGAAAGAUAAUAAAAAGUUAUAAAUUUUGGUAUAUGUUUUGUAACAAUCAGAGUACAAAUAAAAAAAUUAUAGUAGUUCAAAGAAAACAAGAGAUUUUAUUUUGGGUGGGACCCAUUACCUUAUAUUUCUUGCAUGUUACGUGCCUUAUUUACGAACAAACCAAAAAAAUGGCUUCCCCUGAGUAUAUUUCUUUCAUACCCUAAUUAACUUUUCCAUAUUUUGGCAUAUGAGACCCAAAAAUCCCGCAUUUUGGUAAUUUCCUCGUCUAAAUACUUAUCUUCAAUCGGAAAUAUUUGUAAAGCUUUAAUAGCUUUAAAGCGUAUUAGAAUGGAGCUCGUUAAUCAUUAGAGAUUCUUAUGUUAUUGAUCGGGUUACUAUAUCUUAGACUGAUAAGUUACACUAAUAUAACUGCCAAAAAUGAUGUUUUACACCGUUUCUUAAGUACCGUUUUACACCAAUUAUUUUAGGAAUGAAACAAGAUGGUUAUGCCUUAAUGUCUACCGUUUAAUCGUUUUAAUGGACUAAGUAUCCGAAUUUAAACUAUUUAGUAAGCUUAUCUUGCUAAAUGAUAUCUAAUCAUAAACCCGAUCAUUUAUCAGGAACUAAAGGGAACUUCAUGCACAAAUAAUCUGCUCAACAGAUUAUUUAUGCUAAAAAUUAUAAGUUUGUUCCCAUAUUCGGAUUUACACAAGUACUUCGAUAUUAUAUACUACCUCCGUUCUCUUUUAAAUGCAACGUUGGACUUUUUGCACUAUUCACAUGUUCUACUUUGACUACAUUUCAUUUAUUAAUGUAAUAAUAUAUAUUUUUGAAAAAAAUAUUGUUAAAUUUUUCUCAUUAUAAAUUUUCAGAAUCUAUUUUUUAAACGGUUUUUACUAAUCGGGAAUUAUAUAUAUUAAUGGUCAAAAUUGUGCCUCGGCAAAUGUGAAAUGUUAACUGUUGCAUUUAUUUGAGAACGGAGGAAGUACCUAUUAAUAUAAUUCUUCAAUACUCGGGACUGAUAAUCCAAUUGUCAACUUACAAUUGGAUUAAUCUAAAGUGCACAUUGUAAACCAUCUUGAACAACCACCUUGAGAUCACCUUUGGGACGCAUGUGUACACAAAACAAAACGUUAAAUAUUAUCGCAUUGGUGAAAGGCACUCAUUACCUUACGGAUAAUACUAAGGUUAAACAAUUUCAUAUAAUAGGUUUCUACUUUUUUUGAGCUAACGAGAAAUAUUUAUUAACCAUAAAUAUUUGUGAAUUUAUGGUUAAUCUUUACCGUUUACUUAAUGCAUUGUUAUUGAAGUUGGAACAAAAGCAGAAAUAUUGCCUUUUAUAUGUAGGGGAUUGUAAAUUAUAAAGGUCAUAAAACUCCAAACGGUAUUGCUCUAUACGACAAUACGGUUUUAGAUUUAUUAUAGGCAAUGAUUGGAAUAAAAGCUUUAUGGAUACCCCAGCCAGUUUUGAGCUUUUAUUGGAUACCCCAGCCAGUUUUGAAACGUACUAGCUUAGCUUGGAAGACGUUUCAUAUCACAAUCAUCCCUUUAAUGAUUUAGCGUUUUCAACCUAAAUAGGACGUAAAAGUGCCUAAGUAGAGCACUAAAUUAUCAUAGAGCACUUUGAUAAUUUGUAAUAUAUCUACGCUAAAUAGAGCAUCUAAAUAGAAUAUCAAGUUUUAUACGCCGUUGGGGAAUAGUCUAGAUAAUUUAGGAAAUAAUUAGAUAUUUAUGACUAAAAUGAAGAGUAUUUACAAAAAUGUGAUUAGUGACUAGAGUAGCAAUGAAAUCAUGGUAACUUAUAUAUAAUUUUUGAACCAUAGUUACUAUGAUCCUACAUUGCAGUAACUAUUAGUCACAUUUUUGUAAAUUAGUUUUAUUUUGGUAAUAUUUUUGAAAAAACCCCAUAAUUUAGUGCUCUACUAAAUUUAUAGGGAUUAACCUAUAUACUAACUGUUUUAACAGAAUAGUGCACGGGUUGUACCUUUAUAAAGACCGCCGUAGGGGGGUAGGACCCACCCUUUCACUAAAGCUGGUGUGAAAACGUUAAAAGUAAUGAAAUUUUCGAAAGUAAACAUUAUGUGGAAAUCAGUUUAUGUGGUCUAAAGAUAGGCCAUAAAUUCUUAAAAGUGCUCUAUUUAAAUGAUAGCGUUGCAAUAUAAUAGAGAUUGCUUAAUGCAUUGUAAUUGAAAGAAAAAUGUUAAAUAUGAUUUUUCAAUUUGUCUGUAGCGGUAUGUGUGGUCCAAUGCGCUUGUAUAUCUCUGACAUGUGAUAUAUUACUUAGUAUUUUGAGGUAUAUUUUCGUUUGGAAGCCUGUGAUGAUAUAUCCUAAAUAGGUCUUCAGGACAAACCUGUCUAUAAAAGUGAUUGCCUAUAUUUCAGGAUUGUUGAGAAUAAACAGUCCUAAUAUGGUGAAGAUUGUAUUUUUAUAUACACACUUAGUGAGUAUGAUAUAAACAGAUAUAUUGUCACAAUCUUUUAAAACGAUACCACCGUUAAGAUAUCUUAUUUUUUAAUUUAGGCUGUUGCCUAAAUUUAUCUGGAAGACAUGUUUUAAAACGAGUGUCUUCACAUCUCCAAAAGUAUGAAGAUAAACCCUUGGUGUAAUAUUUGUCAAAUAAUUAUGUAUAACUAAGAGCACUUAAGUUGUUAUAUCUUAAGACCACGGUUAUUAUAAUUAAAGAUAACCAUUUGAACAUACUCUGAGUGUAUAUGCAAACGGAUUGGUAAUAUCAAGGGUUUUAUAUUUUAUUACAGUAAACUUAAUACAUAUUCUGAUCACAUAUAAGAUAUGAUCAGUUCACAAAUGGUAUUUGUCAAAAUGAUGAAACAGUCAUCCAUUUCUCCAUCCCUUGAUAUUUCGAAACCGGCGCCUGAAGAUAAGUUUUAUAGCUCGAUAAGAUCUUUCCAACGAGAUAGAAAAUUUCGAGAUCGCCGAUAUGAGGGAAAGUGAUAGGCACUAGUUAUUAGUGCCUAAGUGUACAUUUUUAUUAUCAUUUGUAAUAUUUAUUUACUAGUAUUAUGCAAGUUUGUAAUUGUUAGUUUGCAUUUGAUUGUAAUCGUAUUAGUGUGUUGCUGCCAGAGGACCCACGUGUCUUGUGUGUAUUACGACGGCGUUCCAUCCAUCCUUCUGGAUAACCAUGCUUAACAAAGCAUCGGUCUUCAGUAUGUCCUGGCUUUGAACAAAAAGUACAAGUCAUGAAACUGCCUGGUGGUCGUGUUACCCCCCCUGAACCUCGACCAUGAGAAGCGUUUCCACGGACAGCGAAACUCAUGGGAUUUAUUCCAUCCACGUGACCACCAGUAAUAAUCCGCACCUCCUCUUCCUGGAUUAGUCGUGCAUAUACGAUAUUGAGAGAUGGCAGUGGGUCGAUGCCCAAUAGGCUGGACCUGACUCAGAAACUUGCUAUUCAAUUGAGAAAAAUCAACUAACAAAUGCUCUGUAUAUUUGAGUUUUCUUUAAUGCAAAUCUUCUCACUUUAUGACCAUUCAGCCAAUUCCUCAUUUAAUGAGUUUCUUUAUCUUGGGUUUGCAUUAUCAGUGCUUAUUAUUUUAUUUUGAUGGAGUGUAAGUUUUUUCAUUGUAAAUUUUAGUAAAGGACGAGUUAUUCCGUUUUCAUGUCAUGAACAAAAAGAAGCAGGUCUCCAGACAUUAUAAUGUGAUUUUGAAAUGUUUACAUUUGUUUUGAUCUUUAUAUGUAGUACUAUUUGUCUUCCAUGUUUCUCUCAUUACGUUAUUUAUUUUUUGAAUAAAAUAUUUCACCCUAAUAUUGGAACCAAUGUUGAAAUUUGUGUGAAUGGCUGAGUAUGAUGGGAGCACGACCGUACAUAUGUUCUUGGAUGGUGAGCAAGGUGAAUGGCUUGGUGGAUUCCAGUAUAUUGCGUACGCAAACGUCACACUCUAAUCCGAAGGGGACAAGUUUUCUGCCACUCUCUCACAAUGUUCUGUUGAAACCGGUUUCUAUGUUCAGAGUUAUAUGUCUGUGGGGGAUCCAAUUAGGAAGAAGAGGAGAAUGAAGAGGAAGGGGCAGUGGCAAACCUAACUGAGAAACUGCUCUUGCUUAACUUAUCACUUAUGGAAUGGUAUAAAAAUUGAAGAUUAUCAAUCUCCUAGCUAGGCCUUAUGUAAUUUAAUGAAGUUACCCUGUUUUUUCUUUUUUAGAUAGCACUCUGUAUGUAACUAGUUUAAUGUAUACUGAGAUAUUGAAUUAUCCGUAUGCUACUAAUUUGUUUUGUAUCAAAUGAGUGAAUUAUAUAUAAUUACUAGGUAUGUUUUAUAUACCUAAUUAUAACGUUAUUA